CUUACACGACGUUAUGCUUUAAUCGGACGCUGGUAUACGUGUUUAUCGAUACUGAUGUAACGCAACCAGACCGCGUACUAGUGUUGUGAAAUCUUGUCGCAUUUGCCGGAGUGUCCACGUUUGCUUAUACUUUACUCGAAUGACGAAAUAUCGUCGUAAUCGAAUAACUAUUACCGUUUUUCGAUUUUUCUUCCAGCGAGUUUUACUCGCUGCUUCCGGAAAGAAUCGUUCUAUUAGACGGAGCACAGUGGUUGCGUAAGAGCGAAGAAUCACUCGUGGUACGCUAACUGUACCUACGCGGUACACAUUGUACGUUGCACGUGCACUCUAUAACCUGGAUCCCAUCCCGCGACUAGUCGUGGAUUCAUCUGAUCGAGGAACGAGAAUCUGGACUUUUCGUUGAACGUCCCGCAGCAUCAUCAUUCGACGGUAUAUCACCACAACGGCUACGCCAUGGCUGAUCAGACCUUCCACACGCCCAGCUUUGGCGACGAGGAUUUCGAUAUUCCGUCGAUUCAUGCCCUCUCACAUCAACAUCAGCACCAGCAACAACAGCAGCCACAGCAGCAGCAGCAACAACAACAGCAGCAACCGCAACACGAUCCAAUGCACGGCUAUCAGUCUCAGAUGAUGCAGACCGGUAGUGUUCAACAAUCUCCGGACGGGUUGAAUCUCGAUCCGGGAGGAUAUCAACAGUCCCUUUAUCUACAACAGGAACACUCGCUGCAGCCGAUCAGCGUCAGUUCCUCGUAUACUGGCUCGCAAGCUUCGUACGCGAAUAUGAGCUCCCCGCGACAACAGCACGGAAGUCAGCAGAUGAUGUUGCUUCAGCAGCAGCAGCAGGCGCAAAUGCAGCAACACAUGCAAUACAUGCACACUCAGCAGCAACAGCAGCAGCAGCAACUACAACAACAGAUGCAGUAUAGGAGCCCGACGGGUGGAAGCCCAUCCGCGAUACAACCAAGCACCGUUCCCGAGGCGAACAACAAUACCACCACCAGCGAGGAUAGCGAUGACAGUACGCCUCAUUCCGGAAUGAUUACAGGGAUCAAGCGACCCUCGCCGGAACCGACCGACGUGGGAGCAAAAAAUCAGAGGAAACCAAAAUCCCAGAAGAAAAAGAAGAAGAGGGAUCCGAAUGAACCGCAAAAGCCUGUCUCGGCGUAUGCCUUGUUCUUCAGGGACACACAGGCCGCUAUAAAAGGACAAAAUCCAAACGCAAGCUUUGGCGAAGUGUCCAAGAUCGUAGCAUCGAUGUGGGACGCGCUUGAUACUGAGCACAAAAACGUUUACAAAAAGAAGACCGAAGCUGCGAAGAAGGAGUAUCUGCAAGCUCUUGCGGCGUAUAGAGCGUCUCUGGUCAGUAAGGGGGCUGCUGAGAACGACCAGCAGCAGCAGCAACCGUCACCGCAACAGCAACAAGUUCAAUACGCGACCUACGGGAAUUACGUUGGGAAUGGAACACCCGGAAGCGUAUCGUAUCAGGUCUACAGUCCACAACCGCAACCGCAACCGUCGCCACCGCAACAACAGCAUUCUCACCCGCAUCAGCAUCAUCAACAAUCAGCACAACAGAUGCAAAUGAAAAAGUCUCCUCAUCAUUUAACCAUGCCAGGAAAUCCUCAGCAACAGCAAACGCAGCAGACUCUGAUGGGCAAUCCGAUGCCGCAGACGCAUAUAUCGCAACAGCAGCAACAACAAUCACAGCAACAGCAGCACAUGCAGCAACAGGUUUCGCAGCAGCAAUACAUGCAGAUGUCGCAACAGCAAGUACAGCAGAUACAGCAGCAACCGCAACAACAGAUGAUUCACACGAGUCCUCCAAAAAGCGAUUCGUUGUCGAGUCCUCCAACGACUGUGAACUCCUCGGCAAACCAGACGGCGAGCAUGACUGGCCAGAGGCCGACGUCGAACGCGUGUAUACGUCACGGAUGCCCAAAUCCCGCAGUGGCGAACAGCGAAUGGGAAGACGAGUAUUGCAGCAACGAAUGCGUGGUUAGCCACUGCAGAGACGUGUUCACGACAUGGGUAUCCUCGAAUCAGAAUCCACAGCAAAACUUCUCCAUUGUGAAAUAAGGGCGACACGUAGUAACCGGUUGGGGAGAUACGCGCGCCACGACCGUACCACGGAUUUCCUACCGUUUGCCGUAGCCCUGGAACGCGUCCCGGCUCCUCGACAUCCUCUGUACAUAUACGUAUAUCGAUAAGGAGGAGGUCGUUUCGCGUAGAAUCAAAAGAGACGAGUAGCGAAGGAAACGCGGUUCCCUGUACCUUUGGUCCACCGGUUUCGUUGAAAAACUGUCUGCGUCGCAACUCGAUGCCCGUCAACACCAAUCGUAUUCACCCUUUCAUUUUUCUAUUGACUUGAGUUUUCACGCGAGGAUGAGCGACAUUGCUGCGUGAUCGCAAAAAAGUAUUAGAAUCGCCAAAGUAGCCGAUGAUGUCGAGCUGUUAGUUCGCAGGAAACGAUCUCGUUGACCCGCGUUUUACGUCUGCGACCGCGAUCAUGUCCACGAACGUCAACGAAAUUGUAUUCCUCGAACAUUUUAGUUAGGGACCGUUUAACAUGAUAGAUAAAAGUAAUUUCGUAGAUAUAUCCGCAGGCUUAGGAUGACACGUGUGCGUAUUUACAAGCGAGAGAGAAGUUGGUAUGGAUACGCCAUGUGCCGUUCGAAACGAACCGGCAACUUAUAUGCCAGCAAGCAUGAAUCCAGAUUUGAUGCGCCUACACGCCUAUCUGCCAACGAGGAUACGCUUCCGUGAGAUUUUUGGAUUAAUAGAAAUUGCCAGCCGGUUAAUCGUUGACGACCUAUCGACACCCGGGGAUGCGGCGGCGGCGAGGACGACGACGACCACGAUGCACGAUAAAAUGAUAAAACUCUGUAUGGAAAGUUUGCAGAUGAACAGCGAAUGGCGAGAGAAAUAGAGUAGGAAUUGGGAGGAGUAGGAGAAGGAGACUGGCAACUGCUGCGACUUGGUGACGCAACUUAUUUUUGUAUAAUUUUACAAACGAUCGAAAAGUCACGAAAAAGAAGAAUGUAUCGUCUAGAGAUGCUAGGGAAGAAAAUGGCAAGCGACGACUCUUGUCUCGUAGGAUGAGAGUAGUCAAUCCGUACUGCGGGUUCAUUCGCGUGUCUUCGUUUCGUUUUAUAUCACAUAUGGUUUUGCCUUUUUUUCAACAAAUCGGACUAAUUACCGACUAUCAGAGCCAAAUUUACCGUUAGGCGAUGUUGUUGUCGUAUCUUUACCAAGUAUACAUUCGAAUUCGAGACGAGACGAGGUUAUUUAUUUCAAGGGAGCACAGUCUUCGUUCAGGCGCGAACGGAAUUUCGCGAUAAGGACGCUUUUCUCUCGUCUAUUCUCGACGGUGUUUUCGCACGAUCUCUAAUUUCAGAAAUACGUUUUCGAUUAGCGCGCUAACUUUUCCAUCGCCAGAAACGUAACGUUUCCGUGACACAACACGAUAUGACACA